UUUUCUCUCUCUCUCUGCUUGUUACAUACAGAGAACGCCUUGUCUUUAGGGAGCAUGACAGCAAAAAGGGAGUUGCCGAAGUGUAAUAUCAAAACGAGGGUGUCUUCCACAACAUGUACUAGUGUUUUCACAACCGAGACCAGAUCGCUUUCACUGGACGGAGACGCGACCGAUUGAGUUGCCUCAUUUGACCGAUCCAACUGCACGUUUUUAAAGAAAGGGUCRAUCUUUAAUCCAGUUCAAUGGCACAGCGAAUGUCUCAUGAAGCUGGUGGACAAGAUGGCCGAACGGUCCUUGGGAUGUUGKCWGUGCAGGUGGAGAGAGACCCAAAGACGGGUGCCACCGUCGUCAAAUCAGUGGCCCCCAUCUCCUCACCUCCUGGUGCGCCGACAUCUACAACCAUCUUUGACGAUGGGAGGAAGAGCAUCCACACCGUUGGCGGUUCGGUAGGCGAACCUUCGACCGAAGAGCUUGGCGAGAUAUUGACCGUCAUUAAUGAMGUUGGGAUGAUGGUGCUGCUGGAUGACGUAGCAGUAACGCCAAAUAAGACAGAGAUUACCACUGGGAAUGUAGAAMGAAACAAAAGUCAAGAUCAYGUCCUGAGUUUCAUCACCCCUAAUGGCACAUCAAAGGAGGACUAUACACAGUUGGACAGCUCUGGCUAUAAAUGGGAAGCUGAGAGGAUAAAAGAGUGUGCAAGUGUUAGAAUCCCAGAUAAAGAAACCAAGAUUGUCACCAAAGACACUACAGAAAUUCUGGAGAACAUAGAGGGUCAAAGCCUGGAGGAAGAUCCAGUCACCCUUGUGUUCCUGGGUUACACCGACGCAACGCCAGAGGAGGAUCACAAUGAAGAGGACUACRAAGGCAUGCUCACUGCAGAGCGGGUCAUUAUUACUGAGGACGGUGAAGAACACGUAGUGGAGCCAGGAACCACUGCAUCACUUCAAUCGCCCUYGGCAAGCAAAGGAGAGCAAAAGACUCAGAAAAAGACUCAAGACRYGACCCUUCAGGAUGUUCCACUGAAUGAUAACGACACAGAACCCRAAACCCAGAGAGAAGACAGUGUUGGGAAUGACGGCAGGCAGAAGAAAUGUCGCUGUUGCUCUGUCAUGUAAAAGAUAACUAAUGGAAGAURGUAUAUUUUUAGACACUUAAGCUCAGUCUUUAUCCAAGUUAGAUGUAUCUCUGCUUCCCCCUCCUAGUGGACAGAGCACAGAAGUUCUUUUGCAGGACUCAAGCAAAAAAUGUGGUCAUGUAUCAGCCAAAAGAMUUMGAUACUGUAUGUUUGGGGAUUGCUGUCUGUAUYGUUUUUCAWGUUUUUGCCUGGUUUAACGUGUAAUUUGUCAAGUUUUAUGUUCUUGUUAGGUAUAAAAACUGUGACGUCUCUUGACUAGAUGCUUCAAGAGUGCAGUUGCCACAGAGAACAAAAACAUGGUUAUGUCACUAUGGAUACUUUGGUCUAAGUCUGCUCAUGUAGGAGGGAUUACUGAAAAGAAUACGGAGAUUUUAAUGUUGAAUUGACUUCAAAUCGGACUGCUUUAUUGGAUUAAAUGUAUUUCUUUUAUUGAAACUAUUUAACUUUAUAUAUUACAUUUCUUAUGUUUGUUGUAGCCUAUAACAAGAACUCCUUGUGCCUACUUAACUCCUAACUUCUGUGCCUUUUUUCAGUAAAUACAGAACGAAUAAAUAAUCUUGAUGUAAUGUUGAAUGUUCUAUUAAACUGUGGUGCUAACAAAGGCGUGUUUUGAACCCUCUUAAACCUACGCAUACAAAAAUGUUUAACCUUGUACUAAUCUCUUAUGUUAAAUUCAGCUAACCAGCAGGUCAAAUAAAAUCAUCUGAUAAUGAUUCUCUACUCACGUUCUGAUAAGAAAUGGCAUCAAAACUCCUAAAUCCUCUCAAAAAGAAUUAUCCACAUAAUUCCUACAUUUCAUAAUGCUAUAUUCCAGAGCAAAUACAGAUUAAAACAUGAGAAUAUCAACCUUUUGCCUCUAUCAGGAUAACUUAAAUCAUAGCUAAAGCUUCAUGUUUCAAAGAAUGGGAAGAUGACCCAAAUAAACCGACUCUAAUUAUACAUAACCAGAAAAUUCAGCUACUUUGUCACAUAUAUAAUUCAAUUAGAUACUAAGCUGUCAUUUUCUAUGAUUUUAAUCUGCUUAUAGUCCAUGAAUUGUAUAUUUGAUCAUUUAAUGUAGUAAUUUUAAGUUUAGAGUGCUGGCAGGAUAUUAUGCACUGAUAAAUUACUGAUCAUGAAACAGGUUUUUAUCACUCCUUAUAUCUUAAACCUAUGAACAGUUUUUAGUAAAUCCUUGUUAUGGUGGCAUAGCCUUCUCAUUUUCAGGUGAUUGGUGCUCCAUGAACUGGCUAAAGCUUGGGAUGUUUUGUAACCUGACCCUGCUUUAAACGGCUCUAUGACAUUAUSACUGUGUUACUCAAUAGUCUUUAUGAUGCUGCUUGCUUUCUAACCAGUGUCACUCCCAAGAGAGGGGCAGCGGGGGCCAUGGCUCCCUCUUGAAAAAUGUAAAUAUGAACAAAUAAAUAAAACUUUUGUCUUUGCA